UUGCGUAGAAGUGAUACGGUAUACACGGAAUACCUGAAUGGCAUGCUGUAGUCUUCAGUGUUACCGGAGCACGUACAUAUAUAUGGACAUCCGGAAGGAACAGCUUGUGGCAAGUUUUACGUAACCACGUUAACUGCGACGUCUCUUUCAGGCAUUUGAUAUAAAUGGAGACAAGCAUCCAAGGGAAUUAUCAAACCCUGGGACACCACAACUCAACAAACUUUAUUUUGACAAUCAUGCAUAACGGUACGAGUGUUCGAUUGGUUUUUCUUGUACUGAUUUUGGCGGUGAUUGGAGAAGCCUACAAUACCAGGAGAGGUCACUCCAUUCAGAAGCGUUCCCCGGUAUGUACGGACGAGAAUGGGUAUCUGUGGUUUGAAAACGAGUGCUAUUGUGUGGACUUGGAGCACAAGUGUUGUUGUGGAUCAGGAGAAAUACACUGCAUUGACAGCCGGUCAUGUGAUUGAGACGGCACCACUGAGACAUUCAAAUUAGACUGGACAGUGAAACUAGCCUUUGAGUCAAAUAAACAAGUUUCCAAAGAAA